CACGCCGGCAAAACACACUGAAAACACAACUCAAGCACGCCGUAACUACAGCAGCAGUAUGUCGUGAAAUCAAACUGGAGUUAAUAAAUCGGUGUUUGUGGUAUCAGAGUCGAUAAGGGCAGCUUUAGAAGCAGCGGACAUGUGUGACCAAACUCCUAACUGGAUCCUCCAGCAUCCAGCGUAUCAGCAGAUGAAGGAUCUGGAGGUCGGAGACAGCGAGCAGCUCCAUGCAGCCUUUCUGGUGUACAUGGAUCUGACUGAGGUUCGUCGGUGGAAAGAGGUGUCUUGUGUGAAGAGUCCUGAGCUGCAGGUGGUUUUACUGAAAGCGAAGGAGAAGGAAGGAGCAUCUGUUCAGACCAUCUUUCCCCUGCCAGUUCAUCGAUCUCUGAGCCACAGAAGCAUACGUCAGGUGCUGGACAGAGGUUUUCCUGUGCUGCUGUGUGCUGUAGCUGCUGACUCCACCCUGGUCUACCAGAGGAUGACUGACGGACUGGUUACACCGGACCCUCCUGCAGGACCUUUUCAGGAUGUGGGACGUCGGCAGCACCGGAAGAGACGGCAGCAGCACUGAGCAGCUGAUGGACAAGAUGAUAAUGAGCCGGUUGGUCGGUCUGUGUGACUCUGUGCGAGCUACUGUUAAAAUCAGCACAUAGAUGGACUGUCACUGUGGAGCUCUUAUAUGGGAAUGUGUCAGUACCCCUCCAGGUGAUAUAUGUGGCUGUUAGGUCCAUCCUUGUUAGUCCCUCUCGCUAAGAAACCAAAGGCUACAUCGAACCAGUGAAGUGCAGUUCAGGGGAUAUCAACAUUUUUCAGCUUAAUGACAUCUGGAAACAAAAGCUGUGACUUAUCCUCUGCAUGUCAAUUCUGUUAAAUUCUAAUGACACCCUGGAGCGUCCUGCCAUGUUUGAGAGGCUUGUUGUGACGUAUGGAAACAGGAAUAUGUUCAUCAAACACUAUAUGUGCUGAUGCCUCCCACAAAACCAUAGACUGUACAUUAAAAAAGCCUCCAGGUUUGAAAAGUGAAGCCACAAUGGAAGUGCCUUAAAUGUGCAUUCUUUCUAACAGCCAGCAGGGGACGACUGCUCUGGUUACAAAAAGAAGGAACAUGUUAUCGAUUAUGAGAAAAUGAUGCUACUUCUCACUUCAUUUAUUACUUUAGUAAACAUUUUCCAAAUGAGUUUAUGGUCUCAAACAGUACUUUUACAUCACCUUCAAUGCAACUUGAUGUUCAUUUCGUAAUUUAUGGUCCCAUUUAGACUAAAAUAGACAAUGAAGCAGGGUUAGUUUUAUGGUGUGAUGGCCUUGUGAUUGACAGAUCACUAUGUUUAAUGUUUGCUCUUAAUCAGAUCCACACCUGGCUUGUAAAGGUCCAGUAUCAAAAGACUAUAUGUUCAACAGCCAAAUGUCAACCUCAAGUGCUGCAUUCCAGAUCACAUACUAUUCCCCCCAUUUCAGUAAGUACUACAGCUUCUUGUACAAAGUAUGGACUGUUUCAUGCAGACCAUACAAUUAGGACAUACUACUUUGUCAUAAUAUUGUGCCUUCUUCAUAUAUCUGUGACAUUACCUUAUCUGUCUGUGCACUCUUAAGCUUAUACUAUUGCAAGACACCAUGUUGUAUGUGAUGUGACCAUGCAGAGGACUGUGGGUCAGAAUAGCCAGGAGAGUAUGCUAACCAGAUGUUGUAUGGCAUCAUGGUUUCACCAUACUACAUUUAACAUGCUAUGUAUUGGGACAUGAUUAAUCAUUUUCUGGCAUUCUGUAUGCAGUAGUAUGGUAUUGUGUAUAUUGUAACACAUCCGAGGCUUUAAAGCAGUAGUCCACACACCAAUGGGUGUGACUAUGCUCACUACAUCUACCUUUUAAAACAAACUGGGCUCAUGAUCUUUGAUUGGGAGCUUAAUAGUUGACAUCCUCAGAUUUUUUUAAACUACUGCAGCCCAAUCUUUACAGAUUUUUGAGGCUGGUAAAAUAUAGAAGACAAAAACUGUACAUGUAUAUCAAGAGUUUUGUUUAAAUAACAAAUAUGUACCAGCCACAGUUUUCAUUUAGAUAUCUUAAAUACAAUGAAGGAAACUCGUAAAUAAAUAAAUUACUUUUUUGUCUUUUAUCCUAUUAUUUAAAAUAAACAACUUAAGGGUGUCAUUUGGAAAGGGCCUCAGUCAGACAUGACAAAAGGUAGCUGGCAGCCUGAGAGUAAACAGUAAAUGUUAAAGAAAUUAGCUACAAAUAUAACAGAAAAUGUGAAGUUUGCCACGAAUUAGCUCCUGUCCAGUGGCAAAAUAAGGUAGGCUUAAUGAAUUUUUGUGUUUGUAGGGAUUUUGACCUUGUAUUCUUGUGUAAAAAUGUAGCUAACCAACUUUACGUUGCUAAUCAUGCUAACCAACGCUGUGUUGCUGUUAGCACGCUAUGCUAACCUACGUCAUUUAUUAGCAUACUCGGCUAGGUGACGUUAAUGACGAUAUGGUCACCUGAAGUAACUGGUUUUCUUCUGUUUGUCCUAUCCUACUCUCCUAUUCAGCUCUUUUUUUAAAGCAGAGAAUUUCUUAUUUAUCUACAUUUUUAUCCCUUGUAAUUAUCAAUGUUGGCGUAUAUGUAGAAACCGCAGCAGGGAAAUCUAAAUGUGUGUUUGCAUUGACUUUGAAACAGUGCCGCCUGUUGUUCCACCAGAGAGGAUUCAUAAGUUUAUUAUUUCAACAGUAAACUAUCCUCCUUGUAUUACUACCUUUGUAACUUCAACUAAAAGGGUCUAACUGCUGAUCGAUACGGAUCUAUUACCACCUGUUUUCAGUCCAAAUAGCAUCUGAUUAGUAGGAACUACUUUUCCCUCCGCCAGUGGAAGCUGGCUCUAUAAAUACGUGGGAAAAUGAUGCACAUCUAUUUGUCUUCGGUUUGUGUGUUUGUUUUAAAUAACGGGACUUCCCCGCAUCCUUAAAACGGAAUAUCGUUUUAUUAAAACUCGUAUAAAUAAAUAUGCCAGUGAUAUUAAUACCAUUCGCAUGAAGUAGCUAAAUAAAUGGCAGAACAAACAGCUUUUGCAAAGUUCAGGGCUGCAGAGUUUGUUCAGCUUGGAGUGAGAUUUGUCUCGUUGGAUGAAGUCACAUUAAUUCAGUAAAAUAUUUCAGUUCAUACAUAAUAUAUUAUUAUUAUUAUUGCCAAUGUGUGUUUUAGUGACAUGUAAAUUUCAAAGACCUCCUCAAGUGAAAAGUGUUUUUAAAUCUUGUUUACAGUGUCCAUAUGGUGCUUUUGUAUGCCUGAAGACAUAUCAUGAUUGAAAUAAACAGUCAAUACCA